AUGUCGAAGCUCUCGGCCCAGAGGAUGGACGACUGUUCCUCCAACUCUAGCGUGAUUGAAGGAAAAGCGAAGUCAUCUAUCAAACACGUCUCUCAGCCUUCACCAAACAAGUUUCCCUUUUGGUUCGGAGGCACCGCCAGUGCGAUGGCUAGUCUUCUCACUCACCCACUUGAUCUAGUCAAAGUCCGCCUGCAGUCAACACUUAUCCCAGGACAAAUAUCAAUAGUUGGGAUGACCACUCAUGUAAUCACCACUGAGGGAUACCUCGGGCUCUAUGCUGGCCUGAGUGCGGCUCUUUUAAGACAAUUCACUUAUUCCACAGUCCGUUUUGGAGUAUACGAGCACCUCAAAUCGCGUCUUAGUCAUGACUCUGAAGCACUGUCCCACUCUCCCCAAAUGUUAAUCUGCCUGUCAGCUCUGUCAGGCUUUUUGGGCGGCGUAGUGGGAAACCCAACAGACGUUGUCAACGUACGGAUGCAGUCAGACAUGUCAAGACCACCAGGAAAACGGAGAAACUAUAAGCAUGCUUUAGAUGGUGUACUUCGCAUCGUCAAGGUCGAGGGGCCAGGCUCUCUCUUUCGUGGAGUGGGUGCUAAUGCGAUCCGCGCAUCUCUCAUGAACUCAUCACAGCUAGCCUCUUACGAUUUGGUCAAGUCAUCAGGUAUCAAGACGUUUGGGAUGGCCGAUGAUACUAAAACUCAUCUCGUAGCAUCUUUCACGGCGGGUAUAACUGCCACGACAGUGUGUUCGCCAGUGGACGUGGUGAAAACACGUGUAAUGGGCUCAACAAGCAGAGAAUCCGUCUGGCAUAUUUUGCAACAGUCAACAAUGUCUGAAGGGCCAUUGUGGAUGUUUAAAGGGUGGUUCCCUAGCUUUCUGCGCCUCGGACCACAGACCGUCUUGACAUUAUUGAUUCUUGAGCAACACAAGAAAUUAUAUACAAAGAUAUUUACAUAA